AAACAUCGUAAAAUGCUCAAUAAAUGACAGUGACACAACAGAGAAGAAUCACCAAAACUGUUAAAAACUGCUACAGAGACGAUAAAAGAGAGGAAGCAUGGCUUCCAUUGGCCUCCAGGAGCAAACGCCACUGCUGGACCCUAUCACUUGACUUGACCUCAUCUUUCCCCCGGCUCACGACAUAAGUUUCUUAUGAUAUAAGUUUCUUACACCAGCUAAAGAGGAUAAAGUGCCGUUCAGGGACAACACCUGCAGCGAGCAGACAGAACCAUCCUCUUCCAGCUGACUAAUCCGUCUCCAGCCUAUCAUGGAACCAGGAUGAUGAUACAACAUCGGAGCAAGAACAGACACAUCACAAAGCCUUUGAAGGGGGCUGGUCCCUGAUAUAUUUACAAGGUUAUAGUGAUGAAUGCUUGUUAGAGAUGAUCAUGGGAAUGCUUGCCUCGGGUCCCAGUAGACUCUAGAUCCGCCCCUGGGCAGGGCGUGCAAAGAGGGUAUGUAGCAGGUGCGGAUGGCGCAGAUGGAUAGAAGGUGUCAGACUUCAGCAGGGUUUUGAAUCACGAGGAGCUCUCUUCGACCAUCAGCUCUCUUGAACCGGACUUUUUUUUUUUUGCCCAGCCAUGAUCUCGGUUACUUUUUCCGUGCCUUUGUUGCUACUGAUGCUCCAGGUGGUUGCUGUGGCGGGAGCUAGCACUGGAGGCAGUCUGGUGAGAAGAAAAAGAAACUGGAUUCCUCCGGCAAAAAAAAUUAAUGAAAAUGAAGAACCUCCUGCAAGCCACGUUGCCUAUAUUCAUUCAGAUAAGGAUUCGGGCAGUGGUAAUGUUCAGUACUCCCUGAAAGGCGUUGGCGCAGAUAGGUAUCCAUUCCAUGUGUUUACAAUUAACUCUGAAACUGGACACAUUUUUGUGACCAAAAAGCUCGAUAGGGAGUUCAUCGAUUCGUACAACCUGACGGGUGUUGCAACGUUCACUGACGGCACAGAGGCCGAGGAAAAUGUCAUCAUUCGGUUCAAGGUUGUAGAUGAGAACGACAACAGUCCAGUGUUUGGAAAGAUCCAGUCCGGGAGGGUGCCUGAGCUCAGUCCUCCAGGAACUUCGGUUAUGAAAGUCGUGGCAACGGAUGAUGAUGAACCUGGCAAUAACAAUUCUAUAAUUGCCUAUAGUCUCAUAAGUCAGAAUCCACCUCAUGACAUGUUUUACAUGAAAAGAGAUGGAACCAUCUACGUCAAAAACCCUUCCCUGGAUAGAGAGAAAACCCCCCAAUACACUCUGGUAGUGAAAGGACAGGAUCUAGAUGGCCAUCCAACUGGAAAUACUGCAACUGGCACUGUUGUCAUUAAGAUUGAUGAUGUGAAUGACAAUUUGCCCACCCUUGACAAAGACGAGUUUUCAGCAAGCAUUGAGGAGAAUACAUAUGGCAUGGAGGUGAUGAGGUUCAAAGCAGAGGACAUGGACAUGGUGGAUACGGACAACUGGGAAGCUGUGUUUGAUAUUGUCAAAGGCAAUGAAGAGGGUUACUUCACCAUUAGAACAGACCCUGAAACCAAUGAGGGCGUCCUAAUGCUUGUCAAGCCUGUUGAUUAUGAAAAUUUGGCAAACCUUGACCUUGGACUGUCUGUGAGGAACAAGGCCCCGAUGCACGGAGGUGGAGGAGGUGGAGGAGGAGGCGGAGGAGGUGGAGGUGGAGGCGGAGGAGGUGGAGGAGGCGGAGGAGGCGGAGGAGGCGGAGGAGGUGGAGGAGGCGGAGGUGGUGGAGGAGGUGGAGGAGGCGGGAUUGCAAGUGGGUCUAUAUCUGGUGCAAGUGGAUCAUCAUGGCUAAUCUCAUCAUUUAAAACCUAUUCCGUCAAAAUCAACGUGAAGAACCAGCCUGACGGACCAAGUUUCAAUCCCAAAGUCAAACCUAUUCCCAUUUCGGAGGGAUCCACCUCCAUCAAGGUUAACGAUGUUAUUGCCCGCUAUCCUGCAAUAGAUGGAGACACAGGGAAACAGGCUGAGAAUGUCAAGUACGCCAAGGGCUCAGACCCUGACAACUGGAUAACCAUUGAUCCAGAGACAGCUGAGAUCAAACUGAACAAGAUGCCUGACAGAGAAUCCCCAGCCUUGAUCAAUGGGACAUAUUACGCUGAAAUAAUCUGCCUUUCCGACGACAUGCCAAGCAAAACGGCUACAGGCACCGUGGCCAUCCAGGUGGAGGAUGUUAAUGACAACUGCCCAAAGCUGACCAGUAACUACCAGUUUCUGUGCACCACGAAUAACUCUUUUCAGCUGAACGCUCACGAUAGCGAUGCAUACCCCAAUGGACCACCUUUACACUUUUCCGUUGUCGAAGAAAACACUAAUGGAAAAUGGCAAUUGACUCCUAUCAAUGAUACUGCAGUCACUGUGACGUCUCAAGAUUCCUUAUGGCCUGGUAUCUACAAGUUGGAAUUUGAGGUGGAGGACAACCAGGGAAAGUCCUGUCCAGAACCACAGGUUGUGAAGGUCGAAGCUUGUACCUGUGGAGAUGACGGAUUGUGUGCAAGUCAAGAUUCCAAAUUUACCGCUGAUGCCGUCAAAGGAGCGAGCUUAGGUUCUGCAGGCAUUGGGACACUAAUACUGGGCCUGUUGCUGUUACUAUUGGUUCCUCUGUUGAUACUCAUGUGCCAGUGUGGGAAGGCUGAAAUCUUCCCAGAUAUGUUUGCUGAGAUGCCUUUUGACACCAAGUCACACCUCAUUAGCUACCACACUGAACACCAGGGAGAGAACACGGAAGUGCCACUACUGAAAAGUCCAAUCCCGGGUGAUGACAAUAUGGUCAUGUGUUUGGCCAAGAAUCAAAGAGGUCCAGUAAUGGCAAAUAGGCCAGUUAUGGAUUUCCCGCAGUCUAUUUCUUCUCGGGACCCUGUUGAAGAUAUGUUUUCAAGUGCACAUGGAUUUGAAGCGUGGAAUGUGAACCAUGGUGACAGUGGCCUCUACUCUCAGUUUGAUGGGAAGGAGUCAAGACAAAACGGUGCAAUUUUUGAUGAAGUUAUACCAGACCACUUCCUGGAGAGGUACUACCUUCAGGCAAUGAAUGGUUAUGACGGUGUUGGAGUAAAGGAUGCUCUGCUGGCAUUUGACUUUGAGGGAAAUGGCUCUCCUGCUGGUUCAGUGGGCUGCUGCAGCCUUCUGGAGACUGACAAUGACCUGCAAUUCCUCGAUGACCUUGGACUGAAGUUCAAGACUCUGGCUGAGGUAUGUGGAGGCCAGAAGAUCACAACUGAAGUUCCACCUUCUGUGCCCCGUGCCUCUGUCAACACUAAGACCACAGUCACCGUCUCAAGUUCAGUGGAGGCUCAGCAGCUCCCUCCGCCACCGCAGCUGCAGCCAACCGUCGUCAAAGCUGAGCAGAAUGAGGUCAACGUGAGUUCUCAAAAAGUGACCAAAAGUACAACCACUGUGAAGGAAGGAAUGACAAAAGUAAAUACAGGGAUGGCAAACCAAGGCCAGAUGUUUACAUUACAGCGGCAGCAGCCCAUCUACUACACAACUGCUCCUGUGUUGCAGCCGAUGCACUAUGUAGUCCAACCACAGGUCCAGAACACUGUGCUGCUGGCUGAGGCACCAGCCACCAACCUCCAGUCCAUGGUAAUGAUCAAUGCCACUCAACCUGGACCUUCUCAGACCGUGAUGUCCAGUGGACAGCUCCAGGGGCCUGGGAUGGUGCUGGUGGACAGCAGUGGGGUCCAGAAUAGCCAUGGCAACCUGAUCCGCACAGGAACCUUAUCUGGUGCCCAGUCCAUGAUGAUUGUCGAGGGGGCAGCCCCUCAAAGCCCAAUCAGUGCCACUCAAUCUGGAUUUUGCCAGACCGUGAUGUCCAGUGGACAACUCCAGGGUCCUGGGAUAGUGCUGGUGGAAAACACUGGGGUCCAGAAUAGCCAUGCCAACCUGAUCCACACAGGAUCCUUAUCUGGUGCCCAGUCCAUGAUGAUUGUCGAGGGUGCAGCCCCACAAAGCACAAUCAGUGCCACUCAAUCUGGACUUUCUCAGACCGUGAUGUCCAGCGGACAACCCCAGGGUCCUGGGAUAGUGCUGGUGGACAACAAUGGGGUCCAGAAUAGCCAUGCCAACCUGAUCCGCACAGGAACCUUAUCUGGUGCCCAGUCCAUGAUGAUUGUCGAGGGUGCAGCCCCUCAAAGCUCACUCAAGAAUGCCCGACAUGGGAGCCAGACACACCGCGUUCAGGGAAGUAACCAGAGUACUUCACGGUCAAGACGGCUUUCAUCAUCUCAGAGAACCGUGGUGGUCGGAGAAGCAACAAGCAAUGGAGGACAGCUGGUUCAGGAGGCUGAAGAACUGCCCUAGAGGACUGAGUCUUCUGCAAAGGAAUCCCAUCUACUGGCACAUAACACGCAAGUCAAGCCUUUAUGCUAUAAGAGAAAUCAUUGCUUUACCAUAUGUAAGGUGGUGGUGCAGGAGAUGUUCACUGACCUGGGAUGCGGGGGAAAAAAUUACAUUUAAAUGCAGCUGAAAGUUUUAGUAAGGCUAUCUCUCAAGUAUCAAGUAUGAUUGAUGUUCUGUAUGUGCGUGUCAGUUUAAUGGUGGAGGGUGUGAUGCUGCAGUUUGACAAGGAAUAAGCUAACUUUGCCUACGUGUUCACAAUACAGCUUCCAAUUAAGACUAAUGGGAAAGAAAUUCUCAUUUGGAAUAGCUGCAAAAAACAGAUAUUGCCUUUUUGUUUUAAAAUGUAGCAUUUUAAGUAGCAUUUCAUAUUUGAGACGGAUUUGUAUUCACAGCUUUUCUAGACUACAUACGUCUUAGAGAAGUGCCUUAACUUUAAAGUUGAUGACAAUUCAUUUGUUUUUCACAUCGCCUUAAUAGCGCAACCUCUUAUUUGUUGAUUGGCACAACAAAAUGCAGAUCGUUACUCCUGGAGAUUACCUGACGUUCAUAAUUAUCAAGUCAAGCUCAGUGAGCCGUGCCACCAAGUUGUUAUUGUAAAGUUAAGAUCAUCCACAAGAUUCUCCUUGUGGAUGAGCAGGUGGAGUGAUUAUUACUCAUUACUGUUAUUAUUAGGGCAGCAUUGAGAAUGGUUUCCAACUUAUAUAACAUUCAUUAAGAAAUUUUAUUUUUGACUCCACUGUUUCCUAAAUAAAUGUCACUCACGGUUUGCUGUAGUUUUCAUACUGUUCCCGUACUGUUCCUUGUGAAAACAGCUAAAAAAAAAAAAAAAAGAAAAAAGAAAAAAAAAAGGCUCAGACAGAAUUCGCUAACUGGAGCUUAACCCUUUAUUCUCAUCAACUGGGUCUUAAACAUAGCAUCCAUAGCAGAGAUAAGUUUGUAGUACAUGCAGCUAACCAUAAAUCUGCUCAACUCUUUCUGUGUACAACCACUGUUUUGGGUUAUUCAUUGAAUGUUAUUGUUUUAACUUUUCAUAGUUGGGUUAUUAAGUUGUCUGCUUCACACAGAUGCAGUGUUUUGCAGAGCAACCAUAUUCAUGCCUAUGGGAUUUAUUAUUAUUAAUACACAGUAUGUUGAACAUGCCUGUGUCAUAUAAGACAUUCAAAGCCGCUGUUCUGCAACAUUCACCAGCUACUUUAGGAAAAUCUGACUUGUUGCACAAGUAACCGAAACAGCUGUUAAUGCUUAUUGACACAAGUUUUGUACCAACAUAUUCCAGACAUCUACUUUUACAUGAUUCUAAUGCGAAUGUUUCAUGAUGGCAGAAGGGUUCUGUAUGUACAUAUAAUCUGUUCAGACUUGCGCUGAAUCUUAUGUCAGAAAAGCUAUUCAACUUCACGAUACAGUUCUGUACAUUUCUUAGUCAACGCUUGUGUUUCAUUUUCUUUAGUUUAUGUACAACGCAAUGAUUACAAAUGAUAAAAAUGAGGGUUCAUUUUCUACCAUGGUUCUUCACAUGCUCAUGUAUUUCUUUAAUAAACUGUGUGAUGAGGA